UCAAGUUAUUCAAGUAAAAAAAUUUGACAUGAUUUUUCUUAAAUGACUCAGAAAUUUUUGAAGUUUAGACACAACGCCACUAGGACCUAGUAAUUUAAGUGUUUCGGCGUACAUUUCAUUAUUAAUUUUUUUUUAUCGAAGUUUGGCUUCUCACACACUUUAUAACAGUUAGCGAACGAUUUGGUUUUUUUUUUAAAUGCUUCUUUGACGUAGGCAGCAGAACACCAGUGAGAGUGUAGGCUUCGAAAGUGAAAAUUCAUUUAGUUUGAUUUGAUUUUUUUUUCGCCUUUUGGCAAUUAUGGUGAACACGAUAAAUCAUCAUCAUGCGAUACCGGGAGCCAGCGGUACAGAUAACGUGUUGCCGCCUCAUUAUUUACACGAACUCCCCAAAGAAGAUGAAGUGCGUUUGGCUAAAUUAUUCGAAACUUUAGAUUUAGAUAAGAAUGGAAAAAUCGACAUCCAUGACCUGUCCAUUGCCUUGCACGAUACGGAAUUUGCGCAAAAAUUUUUGGAAAUGUCUGAUGCUACAAAAUGCGGCUCAAUAACGUUAGCAGAAUUUAUACACUACGUAAAAGAACAUGAAAAAUCUUUGAGGCUUAGUUUUUCAAAUAUUGAUAAAAAUAAAGAUGGAAAAAUUGAUCGAGAAGAGCUGAUAAGAGCUUUUCAAGAAUUAGGAAUUGAAGUGGACGACGCUGAAGCCCUUAAACUUCUUAAGAGAAUGGACAAAGACGGUAGUUUGGAAAUAAGUUUCGAAGAAUGGAGAGACUUUUUACUGUAUUGUCCAUUUACCGACCUUCACGAACUAAUCAAAUAUUGGCGGCACUCGACGUACAUAGACAUUGGAGAGGAUAUGAACGUGCCAGAUGAUUUUACUCAAGCAGAAAUGAAAACCGGCAUGUGGUGGCGGCAUCUUGUAUCGGGAGGUGUUGCCGGAGCCGUCUCCAGAACAUUCACCGCACCUUUGGAUAGACUCAAAGUGUUUCUUCAGGUUUACGGCAAUCAACAUAGCGAUAUAACUUCAUGUUUUAAAAAUAUGUUGAAAGAGGGCGGUGUCCGCGGCAUGUGGCGAGGAAACGGCAUAAACGUGCUCAAGAUAGCCCCGGAGUCUGCGUUCAAGUUCAUGGCAUACGAACAAGCCAAACGUCUCAUCCGCGGCUCGAGAGCUAAAGACUUGACGAUAUUCGAAAGGUUUUUGGCGGGAUCGCUCGCCGGAGGUUUUAGUCAAUCGUUAAUUUAUCCAUUAGAAGUUUUAAAAACAAGACUAGCCUUAAGGAAAAGUAAUCAGUACAAGGGUAUAUUCGAUUGCGUGCAAAAAAUGUAUUACCGAGAAGGUAUGCGUAGUUUUUACCGAGGAUACAUACCCAACCUUUUGGGUAUACUACCGUAUGCCGGCAUCGAUCUUGCGGUGUACGAGACAUUAAAAAACAAAUACAUUGCGUCUCACAACGAUGGACAAAAACCAGGAAUGCCUUUACUGUUGGCGUGCGGUACGGUUUCCAGUACUUGCGGUCAAGUCUGUUCGUACCCCUUAGCGCUCGUCCGUACCCGUCUGCAAGCACCUCAUCUAGAAGGGCCAGAUACGAGAACGAUGGGGUCCGUGUUCAAAGAGAUCUGGACCAAAGAAGGAGUGGCCGGCUUGUAUCGUGGUAUCACACCCAAUUUCAUGAAAGUCGCCCCUGCCGUUAGCAUAAGUUACGUCGUUUAUGAACGAUGUCGCGAAGCCCUCGGAGUUACCAUGUCGUAACGUUACGGUCGUUUAGGAAACCUCUAAUUUAUUAAUUAUCUCAUUUGACAUCCAUCCCUUUCUUCUUCUUAUUCUUCUUCGAUCGAUCGUCGUACAUCUGUUUUUUUCAUUUUAAGGUUAUAACAAUGUUUAUAAUAUUAUGUUGAAGCCAGUGAACUCGGUUUUCGUGUCGAUAGAUAAACGAUCUGAAAGGUUAACAUUCGCAUUGGUUACCGUGGCCACAUAAGGAUAGAAAAGAAAUCGACUUGGGCAAUUGAAUCGCGUCUUCGAUAACGUGUUAUGGUUAACGAAAUCGAAAUGACCGUUUGACCGUGUUCUUUAACAUUUCCCCUUCCCCCAUUUAAUUACUAAGAUUUUCAUUUUUAUCAAAACGGGCUUACUUAAAACCGGCUCGUUUAUUUAUAAUUUUUUUUUUUUUUUUUUUCUAUAACUUAAAUAACUUAUUUCUCUCUUGAAAAACAUUGUUGAUUAAGUUUGUUCCUAGUCAUGUGUUAUGACAUUUUUGUUUUGUAAAAUAUUGUUACUCGUAAAACCUUUGUUUGUUCUCGUUGUUCGAAAUAAAUGUUUUUCAAUUUUGUAAA